UCUAGUAUUCUGGAUGAAUCUGGCAAGUUUUUGUCACCAUUGCGAUUUUAGCAUAUUCUAGAAGUAGAAAUCCUACACAAAUUCGAGCACAACUUUACUGCGUGUAUACGCCUUUGCGAAGAUAAAUUCUAUUGUAGUAUUCCAUUAGGUUUAAAUUUUCAUCUUCGGCUGUGAAUUGCGAAAGGACAAGCAAAAAAUAUGUUCUCUAUGAUGAGAGAUUUUGAUGAUUCAUUUUUCAGUGGCCCUAUGGAUCAUAUGCGAAGAAUGGAAUCACUAAUGGAUAACAUGAUGUCUCCAUUUGGUGGAAUGUUUGGUGGACAAAGAGCAAUUCAGCCAGCUGUUCGCGGUAAUUCUCAGGACAACAUGUUGACCCCUUUUGGUUUUGGUGGAAGUUUGUUUCCAAAUAUGGAUGACAUGUUUGCCAACUUUAGUCAGAUGGGCACUAACCCCAACUGUCAUAGCUUCUCAUCCUCUUCUGUGAUGACUUACACUACUGAUGAAAAUGGAAGACCUCAACUCUAUCAAGCAUCUUCUUCUACUCGAACUGCUCCUGGUGGUGUUAAAGAAACUCGACAGUCUGUUCAGGACUCGAGAACUGGUCUUCAACAAAUGGCAAUCGGUCAUCAUUUGAAUGAAAGGGGUCACGUGAUAGAGAAGAAAAAGUAUCGAUACACUGGUGAAGAAGAAGAAAACCAUGAAUAUAUUAAUUUGGAUGAUGAGGAAGCUGAACAGUUUAAUCAAGAAUGGCAACAUAAGGCACAGUCUUUCAAUACUAGACCAAUGCGGUCUAUGCUGGGCUAUGAUACACAGAGGAGAACUCGAAGUCCUCUUCCUGAGGUUCUUGCUAUUACUGAUGGCUCAAGUCCGGAUCAUACUUCAUCAAAAAAGAAAAGCAACAAGCACAAGCGUAAACAUGGACCCUCUGGAAGCAACAACAAAACAUCAAAUUCUCAUGCCAGGCAAUCACCUUAUCAGUAAAUUUUCUUUUCUGUCCUAAAUUUAUUGUUUCCGAGACUUAGAUAUCAUGUAUUCCAGUAGAAACUCUGAACUUAUGGUGGCUAAAAUGUGAAAAAAAUAUAGUACAUAUUAGUAGAUCUUAGUGUUUUUGUUUCUCACUCACUUCAUUUACUGUCAUUUAUAUCUGGCUGUUGUAUUUUAUUUUCGAAUUCACAAGCUGUGUAUAUGAUAUUUAAAAAAUAAAAUUGUUCUGAAGUCUGAUUUGUUUAA